CAGUUACUGAAAGAGAAAGCAAAUGCUUGUUUGGAAUCUGGAUUUGCUCCUUUUAAAAUAAGAAGAAAAAUGGCUUCAUUGAGUGGGAAGGUACAGACUGUAUUGGGCCUUGUAGAACCAAGUCAGCUUGGCUGCACCAUGACCCAUGAGCACUUGACAAUGGACUACACCUGCUGUUAUGUCCCACCUUCCUCAGGCCAAGAAACUUUGUCUGAUGAGCCCAUUGAAAUGAAGAACUUGUUUUGGAUUAAACAGAAUCCCUAUAGCCAUAAAGAGAACCUUCUUCUGUAUCAGGAAACAGAUGCGGUAAAGGAAGAGCUAUUGCAGUAUAAAGCAGCAGGUGGUGGGACUAUUGUGGAAAACACAACCAUGGGUAUCAGCCGAGAUGUGAAGACUUUAAAGAAGCUUUCACAGGAAACUGGGGUACACGUUAUUGCUGGGGCUGGGUUUUAUGUGCAUCACACUCAUUCUUCUGAGACACAAGCUAUGUCCGUGGAGCAGCUUACAGACAUUAUCAUGCACGAGAUACUCAGUGGAGCUGAUGGAACCAACAUCAAGUGUGGUGUGGUAGGAGAAAUUGGCUGCUCAUGGCCUCUGACUGAAAGUGAAAACAAAGUGCUGCAGGCAACAGCGCAUGCUCAGUCACAGCUGGGCUGCCCCAUUAUAAUUCAUCCUGGCAGGAACAGCAAUGCACCUUUCCAGAUUCUUCGCAUUCUGCAGGAGGCCGGAGCUGAUAUCUCAAAAACAGUCAUAUCUCAUCUUGACAGGACUAUAUUUGAUGAGAAGAAACUGCUGGAGUUUGCUAAACUUGGAUGCUACUUAGAGUAUGACCUCUUUGGUACGGAAAUACUUAAUUACCACUUCAAUCCGGAUAGAGAUAUGCCAAGUGACAAUGAAAGAAUUGCAAGGGUUCGGAUGUUGAUUGAUGAAGGCUAUGAAGACAGAAUUGUAAUUGCUCAUGAUAUACACACUAAGAAUCGACUGAUGAAAUACGGAGGUCAUGGAUAUUCACAUAUCCUCAAAAACAUAGUUCCUAAAAUGUUAUUACGAGGUAUAUCUCAAAAUAGAAUUGAUAAGAUACUAAUUGACAACCCAAAACAGUGGCUGACUUUUAAAUAGGGUUCAUGAUUAUGUAUCCACAUCUUGUAUGUAAACUUGCUGAGAAAAGUCAGAUUUGUUUUGAUAUUGUGGUCAUUUUAAAGCUAAAGUCUUUUUGAGGAAAAUUUGUAGGAUAUUGAUAAGACCCCCCCCCAAAAAAAGCAGACAAUCACUCCCCUUUUUAAUUAGAACAAAAAUGUUAUGUGCUAUCUAUUAAUCUGAUCACCCCUAAUAAUCUGGUCUUGAAUGAGUUAUUUGUAAUGAGCACAACUACAGAAUCUUUCCAAAUAAAUAUUGAUAUAACUGAUUCGAAAGUGCACAUUUAAUACUAUAGCUCCUUAUUAUUCAGGAGCUAGUUCCUCAACUAAACUACUUGAGGAAAUGUUAAAUUUCUAGUUAAAUGACCCCCCUCCCCCCCCCACCCCUGGAACAAUUUGAUGUUCCGUAUAAUAUUGAUGAUUCUGUUAAUUAUCCUGCUGUUCUUUAAUGUUUAAAAAAGAACAUGGCACUUUUAAAUAGCUUUUGCAGAAAACAGAAUAACAGUGGGAAGACAACAUGAUUUUUAAAAAGGUGAAGUAUCUCUCAGGAUUAAGAACAUGAAGAAAUUAUUUUAAAUGAAAAUGUAAAGAAUACAUGGAAAAGAUAUUUUUAAUAAAGCAGUUUCUAGACUAGUAACAAUCACUACUCUUUUGCUUUAAAGACUUCUUUUAAAUUAUGAUUCAAUUUUGAGUUGAACUUUGGAAACUUUCAGGUGAAAAUGUGAAAAAUCAUUCAAAUCAGCCUGAUGUUGAAAAGAUGAAAAUCCACAAGUUGAAAUAUAUACAUAAUAUAAUUUAAUGAAUUAUUACAGUUAUAACAAAGGCCAUGUUUUAAUCAGUUUACAAAUCAGUUUGUCAAGAUAUGAUUCAAAAGAGAAAUGUUUGCCUCAUAUAUGUUUUUCAUUUAAAUACUUAUUUCUUCUAAACCAAAUACAAAGAAAAGAUUGUGUAUUAGCAAUGGCAAUCAUAUUUCAACAAUUUAUUCUUUCACGUGUCCAGCUUUUGAUGUCCUGUGGUAAUGAAGUAUUCCUGGUCACUCCUGGAUGAAUGUGCAUUGCUAGUUAUAAAUGAUUUUUCAUUUGAAACAUUGUUUGACACCUAUAUAAGAGAGCACCACAGCUUUGCUGCCAACUACUCUUUACUGAUGACCCUUUCCAAUAAAAGAAUUUGUGAUAUGAGAAGGUGUAAAGUCAAUUUUAUGUCCAUUAUAAAAUAUAUUGCAUAUAACCAGUACAUCCCAUGAAUAUGGGUCAAUGUCUUUAUCAUAAGGAGUUUAGAAAUAUUUAAUCAAACUGAUGUGAUGUAAUGUGGGAAGAGAGGGAGGCAGUUAUGAAGCACAACUCUUAUAAAUAACUGCUUUCUAGAAGGAUUUUUCUAUCUUUAAAAUCUCUGUCUUAAAGUUAUUAAAAAAUCAAAGGUGAAUAUACUUUAUUAAUUAUGGCAGAUAUUUGACUCUUCAGUAUUUGAUAAAUCUCCGUUUAUCCUUUUCCCUUGGUAUAGUAGAGAAGGUUGCAUGUGGCAGAUUAUGUAAAACAAAAAAGCUAGAUCCUGCCUCCCACUUUCCAGAGCAAUUUAUGCAAAUAGUAUUUUUAUUCUGCCAUGAAGGUAACCUAGGAUCUAUACUCCAUCAGCAUUACAGCCGGAAGCUACAUUAUUAUUUUGACCCUGUGGUAUUCCUGCUAUUGUUUUGUUUUAGAUUUAAACUUGCAAGUAUCAUUUUGGGAACAAUUAAAAACGUCAUUUCUAAAUAAAAAUCCUUUGUAUAGAGAUAUUAUUGAUAUUGCUGCUCUUACUGAUUGUAAAAGAUUUUCAUAGAAUUAUAACUCAAACGUAUGUUUUUACAAUGCAAUUCUCUAGGCCAUUAAGCUAUUAUACUGAUAAGCCUUCACUGUUUGAGAUAUAGAUAUAUAUGUAUAUAGCUAUAUAAGAAAAAUAGGCUUUAAUACACAGGUUUUUUGCAUUUCAAAAUGCAAAGCAAGUUUAAGUUUCCCUCUUUGCAUAACUGGUUUUUAUAUUUGGUAAUAUGCUUAUCUGUUAAUUACAGUCACACCAUACUACAAACUAUUCAAUACCUUGUAACAGGUACUGUGUGAUGGCAUAAUUAUAUGGGCCCAAAUCCCAUUCUCAUGCAAGUAUCUACACUGACUUUAGCAAGACUGGUUGCAUAAAUAAGCUGAGCAGGAUUUUGGCCAGUGGUUUUUUCACAAUGUUCUGUGCAAUGAUUCUAGUUGAUUCUUUAUAGUAUGUCAAGUCUUAAAUAAUCUUCUGUUAAACAAAAGUAGUAACUACAAAUUUACAUUGAAAACUAAUUGCAGCAAAGAAAUCAUUCUGGCCUGGCCUGGGAGUAUGGGUGGUAGACUUGCUGAAACAGUAUUUAUGCAACAAACCAUCAAGAACGGGUUUGUAAAAUUGUCUAAGUAUAUGUAUUAACACAUAUGUUUACAUAUUAAGAGCCAAAAUACAUUCCCACUGAAAUUAAUGGGAGUUUUGCAGUUGGCUUCAAUGGACCCAGAAUUUGGUCCAAAUAUAGGCAGUUUAUGUCAUGUCAUUUCUUAUACUUUCAUUGAACUGUUUCUUCUGCCUUUCUUUCGUAAAACACAAGGCUAGAGCAGGGAAAUUUAAAUGAAUGGGUGGAAAUUAUUUAGAAGAUAAAGAGUUAAGGCUUGAAAUAUGUUAGUUUCUUGCUCUAGAUAGCAGGAUAACAAAAGUACAAGGCAAACAAUUCCUUUGGAGAGAAGAAGCAUUUCAAUUACUUCUUCCAUUUAUUGUAAACUCAUUUCUCACUAUGAGUGGACUCCAAGCAUCAUAGUUAGCAGGUAAGUCACAAGAACCAAAGCUGACAUAUGGAUAAAGCAGCAAGAUCAUAAUACAUCAACGUAUCAUAUAUACUGAAGAAAUAAUUCAGUCUCUUUAGAUUUUCCUAUAAAAAUCGUGAUCUAUAUAGGACUUCAUUCACAUCGACAUUAACAAUAAGAAGUAUUUGCUUUGGUGGUAGUGGCUCACACAUCUGUUUAACUUGGUGUAUAUAUAUAUUAAUAUAAGGUUUCUCUGGGUCAUACAGAUGUGAGUCAGGUAGCAUUUGAUUUUUCCCCGCUACUGAGGUGUCCCACGGUCAGUAUCCGCUGGAUUCUUGAUUCAUUGACUUUUGCCACAUGAAUCCAUCGUUUAGCAGAACAAGCUUAGUUUUUGACUCAUGAUCAGUCAGCAUAAAUAAUAAAUCCAGAAAAUGUGCUGUAUUUGUUGUUGUUUCCUCCAUGUGCUUUUCCUCCAUCUAAUUUUAUGUAAACUUCAUCUCCUGGCUCCAAGUGAAGAACCACACUGUUACUCGCAUAGUCGUAAUUCUGAUCAGCGUCCUGAGCAAUU